AGGCGGAGAGAAUUAAAAAAAAAAAAAAAAGAAAAAAAAAAAGGAAAAGAGAAAAAAGAAAAACAAAAACAAAAAAUCCCCCCCAAAAGGAGGCGGCGGCAACGGUGGAGAAGCCGCGGCAGCGGCGCGCUGAGCCGGCCAGGGCGUCUGGAGCACAGGGAUGAGGAAGCCUCGGAGGAGGUGCCGGCAGCACUGGGAGGGGAGGCGCUCUCCCUCUCCCUACAGCCUCAAGUGCUCGCCGACACGCGAGACGCUGACCUACGCCCAGGCACAGCGCAUUGUGGAGGUGGACAUCGACGGGCGGCUCCACCGCAUCAGCAUCUACGACCCCCUGAAGCUCAUCACCGAGGACGAGCUGACAGCCCAGGACAUCACCGAGUGCAACAGCAACAAGGAGAACAGCGAGCAGCCCCUCCUCACUUCCAAAUCGAGGAAAACACCUUCCAAAGGCAAGAGGAAGGAGUCCUGCUCCAAACAUGCGCCGCGGUUGUCUUUGCACUUGCCCCAGCCCAAGUUCCGUGUGGUGGACUCGUUCAGCCAGCCAGAUGCCCCUCCCCUGCCCGCUGCCUACUACCGGUACAUUGAAAAGCCUCCUGAGGACCUGGACGUAGAAGUGGAGUAUGACAUGGAUGAGGAGGAUCUGGCAUGGCUGGAGAUGGUCAACGAGAAGAGAAGGGCUGAUGGUUAUGGGACAGUUUCUGCUGACACUUUUGAGCUGCUGGUGGAUCGGCUGGAAAAGGAGUCAUACCUUGAGAGCCGGAACAACGGGGCUCAGCAGUCCCUCAUCGAUGAGGACGCCUUCUGCUGCGUCUGCAUGGACGAUGAGUGUCACAACAGCAAUGUCAUCCUGUUCUGUGACAUUUGCAAUCUGGCCGUGCACCAGGAGUGUUAUGGCGUGCCCUACAUCCCCGAGGGGCAGUGGCUUUGCCGCUGCUGCUUACAGUCCCCUUCUCGCCCUGUGGAUUGUGUCCUUUGCCCAAACAAAGGGGGGGCCUUCAAGCAGACCAGCGAUGGCCGCUGGGCUCACGUGGUCUGUGCCAUCUGGAUCCCAGAGGUCUGCUUUGCAAACACUGUGUUCCUGGAGCCCAUCGAAGGGAUCAAUAACAUCCCUCCAGCUCGGUGGAAGCUCACGUGCUGCAUCUGCAAGCAGAAAGGCAUGGGAGCUGCUAUCCAGUGCCACAAGGUGAACUGUUACACUGCCUUCCACGUCACCUGUGCACAGAGAGCCGGUCUCUUCAUGAAGAUUGAACCCAUGAGGGAGACCAGCAUCAACGGCACGACGUUCACCGUGCGCAAGACUGCCUACUGUGAGAGCCACUCCCCGCCUGGCACGGUGAGAAGAGGCUCUGCAGCUGCUGCUGGUGAUGGCCAGGAGGUCACUGUGAAGGAGGAGAGAGAGGAGGAAGCCCAUUCUGGCCCUCCCAAGGGGUCCGUGAAGAAGAACCAAGUGAAAUUGAAGCAAAAGAUCAAAAAGGAGCCUGGUGACGUGACCAAAGGGCGUUCGUCUGUGCCUGUGGUGACCGUUGCACAAAUUCCCUCUUACAGGCUGAACAAGAUCUGCAGCGGGCUGUCCCUGCAGAGGAAGAACCAGUUCAUGCAGAGGCUGCACAACUACUGGCUGCUGAAGCGUCAGGCGAGGAACGGGGUGCCGCUGAUCCGGCGGCUGCACUCGCACCUGCAGUCCCAGAGGAACGCCGAGCAGAAGGAGCAGGAUGAGAAGACGAGUGCAGUGAAGGAGGAGCUGAAGUACUGGCAGAAGCUCCGGCAUGACUUGGAGCGGGCCCGGCUGCUCAUCGAGCUCAUCCGGAAGAGGGAAAAGCUCAAACGGGAGCAGGUCAAGGUGCAGCAGGCUGCCAUGGAGCUGCAGCUCACCCCUUUCAACGUCCUGCUCCGCACAACCCUGGACCUGCUGCAGGAGAAGGAUGCUGCCCAGAUCUUCACAGAGCCCGUUAACCUGAACGAGGUUCCAGAUUACCUGGAAUUCAUUUCCAACCCAAUGGAUUUUUCCACCAUGAGGCGGAAGCUGGAGUCCCACCUGUACCGAACCUUGGACGAGUUUGAGGAAGACUUUAACCUUAUAGUUGCCAACUGCAUGAGGUAUAAUGCUAAAGACACGAUUUUCCACCGAGCAGCUGUCCGGCUCCGGGACCUCGGGGGAGCGAUUUUGCGUCACGCACGGCGCCAGGCCGACAGCAUCGGCUUUGACACUGGCGUGGGGAUUCACCUGCCUGAGUCGCCCAAGCCCCACGACUUUUACCGCUUUUCUUGGGAGGAUGUGGAUAACAUCCUGGUCCCGGAGAACCGGGCUCACCUGUCUCUGGAGGCGCAGCUGAAGGAGCUGCUGGAGAAGCUGGACACGGUGAGCACCAUGCGCUCCAGCGGCGCCCGCACGCGCCGCAUCCGCCUCCUGCGGCGCGAGAUCAACUCCAUCCGCCACCGCCUGGCCCAGCAGCAGAGCAGGGCCCUGCCCAACGGGGACACCGGGCCACCGGAGGGGCUGGAGACACCCCCCAGGGACGGGGACGAGGAAGGAGAGAAAGGAGAUGGUGCCAAGCUCCCGCUACCUCCAACCCUGGAGCCCACAGGACCUGCACCCACCCUCUCAGAGCUGGACUCUCUGCAGGAGCCUCCAACGCUCAAACCCAUCAGUGAGAGCAGGUCCCUGAACCAGCUGCAGAGGAGGAUGGUGGCGGACAGGGAGCUCUUUGACACGAAGGCUCUGCAGCAGGAGAGCCAGGCUUUCCAGCGCCUGCUGUCCAACAACGGCCUCAACGGGCUGGCCCUGCCCCCUGCAGACAGCGCUGCCAGCCCCGCCCUCAGCAGCGUGGGCCGGCGGACAUCUGUCCUUUUUAAAAAAGCCAAGAACGGCGUGAAGCUGCGGAGGGGCCUGGAAUGCUCCCUGGAGAACGGGGAGGAGCGCAGGCAGGGCGGGCAGCGCUCUCCCUCCCGCCCCGACGGGGAGCGACAGGCACGGAAACGGCCCCAGAGCAGGAGCUGCAGUGACAGCGGUGGGGAGAAGUCACCCAGGCAGGCAGCACAGAGAGGAGUGACCAAUGGCUUUGCAAAGCAUGCAGGGAGUGGCUCUGACUCGGAGUGCAGCUCUGCCCUGGGCAGUGGGUUGCUGUUUGAAGCCAGCAGUGGUUUGAUGCCUCCCAAGCGGAGUCGAGGGAAGCCGGCUCUUUCUCGGGUGCCCUUCUUGGAGGGUGUGAAUGGAGACUCUGAUUUCAGUGGCUCAGGCAGGCCUCUCCUGAUGUCCUUUGAGAGCCAGGCUGAGCUGGAGCCCCUGGAGCUGGUGUGGGCCAAGUGCCGUGGUUAUCCCUCCUACCCUGCCUUGAUUAUCGACCCCAAGAUGCCGCGCGAGGGUUUGCUGCACAACGGAGUCCCCAUCCCUGUGCCCCCCAUGGAUGUCCUGAAGCUGGGGGAGCAGAGGAAGACAGAGGCAGGAGAAAAGCUCUUCCUUGUCCUUUUCUUUGACAACAAGAGAACCUGGCAGUGGCUGCCACGGGACAAAGUCUUUCCCCUGGGCGUGGAUGACACCGUGGACAAGCUGAAGAUGAUGGAGGGACGCAAAACCAGCAUCCGCAAGUCGGUGCAGGUGGCCUACGACCGAGCCAUGAUCCACCUGAGCCGAGUGCAGGGGGACAACCCCUUCAUCCCGGCCCCCUACCUGUGAGGGGCUGCUGGGCCAGCCCUCCUGCUGCUCCUCACCUCCAGCUCUCCUCGGAGCACCCUGAAACGUGCCAAAAAAUCCCCCUUGUCCAGCUUCUUCCUGAAUGUGUCUCGCUGAAGAGCUGGCAGGAGAUGAAAUGUAGUCUACAGGGAGUAAGGUAGGUAGGAGAAGCUGACAGGUGACAGGAGCCAAGGUGAGUUGCUGCGCUGAGCAGAGCACACAGCACUUGGAUGUUUGGACCUCAUGCACCGUCCCCUGGCCCUGCUUCCCCUGUACUGCCAGGGUUUUGAGUCACCAGCCAGUCCCAGGUAAUUCCU